AUGAUACUCAGAAAGGCUGCUGUACGGCAUGGCGGGUCGGUCACGAACAUGGCACGGUCUCUCAACUGUUUACACAGCUCGAUAGGCCGCGCAUCGGCGCCUCCCAUCUCGAGAUCUGCUGGGCGACUGCUGUCCAUCGAAGCAAAUAGCCAGAACACUGCCGAUCCGACCUCGAGUGCAUCUGCCCAGCCGAAAAUUCUCUCAGCAGCGUCGUCCAAGAAGAGGAAACAAAAGGCUGUUCAAGAGUUCAUCAUGAGCCUCGGCUUCGAUUCCGCCCGGGAACACUCGGGGGCUUCUUGGACAAAACCGCACCAGAUGGGAAGCAAGGGGCGAGAGGUGACCCCGGCGCAGCAGUUUGCAGAGUUCCAAAGGAUCCAGAAGAAUACAAGAAGCAUCGGCUCUCGUCUGGACAGACGUUACGUGCCGGCUGAACUGAUCAGCAACCCCCCGGGCCCCGAGGAUGUUUCGUUGGAGCUGCUGAUGGCUUCGCAAGCACACAUGGGACACAAUACCUCUCUGUGGAACCCUGCCAACUCUCGAUAUAUUUACGGAGUCCGACAGGGGAUCCACAUCAUCUCUCUCGAGACGACUGCCGCGCACCUGCGACGAGCUGCUCGGGUCGUGGAGGAGGUUUCUUACCGAGGUGGUGUCAUCCUCUUUGUGGGGACUCGAAAGGGCCAGAUGGAAAUUGUCACCAAAGCCGCCGAACUGGCCGGUGCGUGCCAUUUGUUCACCAAGUGGACGCCUGGAGCCAUUACGAACCGAGAUGUCAUCCUCAAGACUCAGGCUACCAAGGUUGUCGAUCAUUUGGACUCCGAGUUGGAUGGUUUCGACAUGUACAAGGGCGUGGCCAGACCGCUGCUGCCUGACUUGGUCGUCUGUUUGAAUCCCUUGGAAAACUACACCAUGUUGUACGAGUGUGGCCUGAGAAACAUUCCCACAAUUGGGGUCAUUGAUACAAAUGUCGACCCGUCGUGGGUUACGUAUACGAUUCCCGCCAAUGACGACAGUUUACGAGCAAUGGCUGUCGUUGCCGGGGUGCUGGGCCGAGCUGGUCAGAAGGGCAAGGAACGUCGCCUCCAGGACUCUUCUCGAGGCAAGGUUUCAUGGAACACGUCACCCGAGUUGGAGAGACACAUGAAGAAGGAGAUCCAGGCCGCGGCGGUGAAGCGCAAGCAAGUGAUGGGCCGAAUACAGUCCAACUUUCAGGGGUUCAAUGAAGAGGAACAGAAGCUCUUGAGAAUCCGGAAUGAAGAGGUUGGCCUUGAAGUGAGUGAGGAUGAAAUGGUGGAAAUUCUAGGCGAGACUGCUGUGAGGGACGCCGUCGACGCCGUCGUCAAAGCAGCGGCAGCUUCUUCGGCGACGUCAGGCAGGGAAGAAGGGAAGGAACUUGCGGACAUUGAGGCUCAACUCGAACGAGCGCACCAAAGACAAGACAUGUAA